CCACGCUCCGCGCCGCACUCAACAAGCGCGAUUUCACGAAGGCCCGCCGGACCUGGUUAGAGAUGAGGGACAGCAAUCUCGUGGCUUUCCUAGGACCUUCGCAACACGACGUUCUAUCACAAGCAGUCUCGACCCUGUGCACGUCGCUUUCACUAUCUGAGAAGCAGGUAGCCCUUCUGCGCGACAUAGCCCUAGUCUGUGCCGUCGGAGGCUCUACAAGCGGUCUACGGGCUCUUAUGCUCUCCGUUAUCAAGCAUGAACAGCCGCGGGUCGCUCUUGCGAUAUAUGAUCAAUACGUCCAUGGUCUCCGCGAACGAAACAUCCCCGACGGCAUAGCGUCAAAGGAGUCUAGUGCGGUGACCGAUGAAGCUGCUGUCAGUGAUGAGGAGUCGUCUGCCACACUCAACCAUGUCCGGGACGAGAUUCUCGUCGCUGCCAUCGCCGCCCAUGCACAACUGGGAACAUUCGCAGACGCGAUGCAAACCUAUCUGAAGGCGGGGAUCCGGAGUAGGACCGUUACGCUCGCCGAGACCAUUCGCCUAUUACAUCCCGACCGCGCCUUGCGCGCACAGCUCAACUCUUACGUCUUCCGUCUUCGGACGGCUGGCCUUCUUGCGCGCCCUCCCACUCUCAUGAAGCACCUGGCCAAUCUUACUCGGGACACCGCAGAUAUUUCCUUGGAGCAGCUCUAUACGACAGCGAUCGCCGGCGCGAGCGAGCCCGACCCGUGGCUUGCCCUCACCCCCUGCCAGCUCACAGGGACACGCGUAGUACUCCUCCCGGACUUCUUCUGGGCGUCCUUCCUGAGCAGCUUCCUCGCCUGUCAGCGGACGGACCUCGCCGAGAAACUGUGGGACGAUCUCCUAAAGCUUAAGGUGACGCCGUCCAUUGCGAUAUGGAAUGCUCUCCUUGACGGCUACGGGCGCAUGCGCUCUCUGGACGCGACAACCAAGACGUGGGAAGUGAUGAACGCGCAGGGCGUGAAGCCCGACGCACUAUCCCACCGAGCCCUCAUUUCCGCCUUCUUCAUCGCCGGGAAGCCGCACGAAGCCCUGGGGCGAUUUCGCGCCUUCGAGAGCAGCUAUUUGACGGGCGGGUCACCUGCGGACUCGUCCGGGGUCAUGGCCGUGUACAACACCACGCUGCACGGGCUGCUGUUCCACUCGAUGGAAGAAGACGCGAAGGCCAUCAAGUCGAAGAUGGAGGAGAGCGGUCCCAGCCCCGACAUUAUCACAUACAACACCUUCAUUCGCUACUACGGCCGGAAAGGCGAACUCAAGGCUAUGGGGGAAGUCUUGAAAGAGCUGGAACGCGCCGGUGUGAAGGCCGACGUGUACACGUUCUCCACACUCCUCUCGUCGCUGCUCAAAGUGCGCCCCGACGCGGACAAGAUCGUGCUCAACUUUAUGAAGAAGCACGGCGUCCUUCCGGAUACGACGGCGCUCACCGCGAUCAUCGACCACCAGCUUCGGGAGUGCACGCCGCAGAACCUGAAGGUGGCCAUGGACCUAAUGGCGAAGAUGGAACGCGGCGAGUUUGGGGACGCGGUGCCGAACGUCAUCACGUACACGUCGAUACUCACCGCGAUGAAUCGCGGAACCUGGCUCUCGCGGUCGGUGGUCGAGGAAUACACCCAGCAGAUACUGAACACGAUGCAGACGAGGGACCUCAAGCCGAACCGCCAGACGUACAACGUGCUCAUCAAGGCGGCCUUGGUGGGCUUCGAACCAGAGGGAUUGGAGAACGCGAUGAAGUACUAUAGAGACAUGCUUCGUCUUCGGGUGCACAUGAACUCCGACACGUGGUACAUCCUGCUCAAGGGGCUCAUGGAUAGGGAUCGGUGGGAUGUGGCGGGCGAGGUGGUGAAGGACAUGCGACGGCGGCAUGCGAGCAACCUGUCAAGUUCGCUCUGAUAUCAUGCACUGCGUCGCGUGAAUGUGGGGCGGGUGAACGCCUCCCGAGAGCGUGUACGUCCUCGGGAGGUCAUAGACCUCGGUCGCCCAGAAAGAAUGUCUUUCCGAAACCAAAGCGCACGUAUCGGGCAUAGGCCCAGUGACUCCAUCUCCUGCCCAGGAAUUUGCCUAGAUACGGAAGGAGGACGAUGGCAAAGAGCUGCAGCAGCUGUUGAAUGCUCUCCUGCCACUCCUGCUCUGCGAGGCGGUCUUCGUCGUCGGAGUCGUAAGAGCCAUCUGAGGAUAUGGAGAGGGUGUCGAGCGACUGUAUCGAGCCUGGCAUCGCAAGAGAGGCGGGCCACAGAACACCCGAGACGCAAAACGGAAGAAACGGGGGAGAGGUGUGUGCGGAGGGAGCG